GGUACUGUGGCGGCGAUGAUGGCGGAGGGCCCGGCGCGGCUGCCCGCGCUGUGCAGGAAGCGGCUGGCGGAGUUUCUGCAGCGAGUGGACGACACCGACCUGCUAUGGCUGCGGGAGAUCGGCGAGGAGGCGGCCAGGAUGUUCGGCAGCCAGUACAGCGACGAGCCGGAGCUGAUGCCCAAGACGCCGUCGCAGAAGAACCGGCAGCGGAGGAAGCGUUUUUCCGCCCUGCAGGAGGAGAGCCAGGCGCUGGGCAGGAAGAGAUUAUCUAGAAGGAGGAAUAGCAGUUUCAAACUGGUUCCCUCCCCGCGAUACUCUCAGCGACUCCGAAAUAAAGAAAAGCUGGAAGCAAUCAGGGCUGAGAUCAAACAAGUCUCUCCAUCUCAGCGUGUGACACGAUCCCAGGCUGCAGCAUUUCAUAAAAUUUCAGAGACUCUCCCUGAGACCCUUCCUGCCCAGCAAGUGGAAGGGAAGGUUCCCUCAGCAGAUGCUGGUCUCAGCGACCGCGUUAGCGCUGAGUUGCACCUCCAGAAGAGCACACCUAAACCAGCAGAGAAGAUCUCCACCGCCAUCCUCCUGAGCUCAGAUGAUGACUCUCCCGAGGAAAGCAGGGUUGCCAAAUCGCCACCAGGACCUGCAGCCUCUGAGCUGUUGGUCCCUCAUAGCCCUGAGGCAAACGAUGCAGGAGAAAGCGAGGCUGCAGCUCAGCUGCCAGCAGCAAAUGCUACAUUCAUUUUAAGUGAAGAAGAGUCUAGGCUGGAGGAGGGAGGUGACUCUGCUCAGGUACAGGAGGGCUCUGAGAAGGAGCCUUCCCAGCACAUGAGGGAUGACUCAGGGACUCCGAGAGGCUCCAGGCUGAGCCGUCGCUCGGUGCGCAGAAGUCUGAUGGGUAGAACUUCCAUGACUCGCAGAACCUCCUUGGCAGAGAAAUACUCACUAGCCAGCAAGAGGGAAAGUAUGAUCCGGAAAUCUAUUGCCAGGACAGCCAAGAAGAAAGCAGCUUGGAAGUCAUCUGUGUCCUCUAGUUGCAUGGACGUCUCCAGCUCUGGAGAGGUGCCAGAGGAUGAAGAAACAGUUGUCAAAGCUGGGCCUUCUCCUGGACCUUGUACCCCCUCCAAACUGAACCCCCAAACUCCACCAAUGUCACUUCGCUCUCAGACCAUCGGCAGAAAUGAGAAGAACAAUGAGCAGUGUCAUCUUCCAGAAAGCAACUUAAAUAAGAAUGGGGAGACCCAGGAACCACCCCAGAGUGCCAGGAGGCAGCCAAGUUACAAAAGAGCCGUGGAUGAAUGCUAUGACAAUCAGCAAGCAGAAGAAGGAGGCCUUUCUCCUCCAAAAAAAAAGAUCCCAUCCCCUGCCUUUCCAGCCAGCAAGGUUGUACGUCCUUUCAAAACGUUUUUGCACACUGUGCAGAAGAACCAGCUCCUCAUGACGCCAAGCUCUGUAGGGAGAAAUGGAGUAAUAAAAUCCUUUAUCAAGUACAACACUCCUCUCCGGUCUGAUUCCAAGGAAAAGGAGAGACAGAAGCUGGAGACUCUGAGGAAAAAGCAAGAAGCCGAGGAGCUGAGAAAGCAAAAACUGGAGGAAGAAAAGAAGCGACGGUUGGAAGAGGCAAAGCUGAAGCGUGAGGAGCGGCUGCGCAAGGUGCUGCAGGCUCGGGAGCGGGCAGAGCAGAUCGAGGAGGAGAGGAAAAGGCGCAUUGAGCAGAAAAUAGCUCUGUUUGACGAGAAGACUGAGAAGGUGCGGGAAGAAAGGCUGGCAGAGGAGAAGAUCAAAAAGAAAGCAGCUGCCAAGAAAAUGGAAGAGGCAGAGGCACGGCGCAGGCAGGAGGAAGAGGCCAGAAAACAGAGAGCACUGCAGCAGGAGGAGGAGGAACGUCGGCACAAAGAGUUAAUGCAGAAGAGGAAGGAAGAGGAGCAGGAACGUGCCAGGAAAAUCGCUGAGCAGAGACGGGCAGAACAGGAGAGAGAGAAGAAGCUGGCUGCAGAGAGAGAGCUGGAGAGGAAGAAGGAACAGGAGAGGAUCCAGGCAGAAAAGCUGCGAGAGCGACAGGAGAAGGCUGCCCAGCUGCAGAAGGAAGCUAAAGAGCAGCUCCACGGGGAGACGGAGAAGACAGAGCAGGAAGAGCAGGGGCUGGCAGAGAGGAAGAGGCAGGAGCAGGAAGAGAAGGAAGGAGGAGUGAAGGAGGAGGUCCUUUUGCCAGAGGUGCAAAAGGCUAAAGACAGAUCCCGGACUCAGCUGCUAGAGAAAAAAGAGAGCUCACCUGUCUGCAGCUCCUACCAGAUGACUCCACACGCCCAGAGAAAGCCAAAGCCCCCCGUAAUAAAUCCAAACAACUAUGGGUUGGACCUGAACAGCGAUGACUCCACGGAUGACGAAAGCCAGCCUCGCAAGCCGGUCCCUGCCUGGGCCACUGGGAAUCAGCUUAGCCAAGCUGUAAUCCACCAGUACUACAACCCUCCCAACAUCGACGCGAUCUUUGGGGUGAUCUUGAGCCCCAAGCUGGAGGACAUCUUCUACAAGAGCAAGCCCCGCUACGUCAAGCGCACCAGCUCUGCCGUCUGGAGCUCCCCGCCCUUCCCCAGUGCCAAAUCCACGCUCGGGCUGCCCUACAGCAUCAAAAAGUACUGAGGGGCAGCGGCUGCCUCCGGGGGAGCAGCUUCUACCUCUUGAGGGAUGGUUCUGAUGCUCAACAACCCUUUUGGUGAAAAAAUGCUACCUGAUACCUUGGGUAUAAUCCAAUCGUGCACUAGGGCUGUUCUCCAGAAGAAGACACUACUAGGUGUGGUCUUCAUCCUCUUCACCCUCCUGCAGAUUGCCACAGGCUUUCCUUGGUUUCCCUUUUCAGCAGUGCCAGGCACAGUUCUGUGCUGAAGCCAGACGGAUACUGGUGUUGCUACAGCUCGGGCUGAAACAUCCUGAGGAUUUUAUUUUAAGCAGUUAUACUGGUUUCUGUGCGUCACAGAAGUCUGAAUUCUGCACAAUGGCAACCUCUGUGCCUCUCCCCUCAGAUCCAGCUGUUUCUCACUGGUGGAUUUGUUUUAAGCACGGGCGAGCAAAGCACUGAAAAACACCAUUUCUGUGUAUUUACAGGUGAAUCCUUUAAAAAGCCACUGUAUGGAGAUUAUCCUGUGUGUAAGGAGACUGCCCUUCCUGGUGCGUUUGGUUAAUGAGCUAUUUGCCAGCAAAUGUCAUUCCAAUGAUGUGGGGGGUUUUAUAUUUAAGUAUCUCAGCUGUAGGUGCGGCGCUAUUGGUGUGUGUUUUUGUCUGCGAGAUGAUUGUGCUUUGAUAGAUGCUCUGUAGAUUGUUUUGUAUCUCUGAACAUAAACCUUUUGUAAGAAAGUUUGCUGAAAUGGCAGUAAUUUUCAAGCUGAAUGCAUUUGAAUGUCCGACAGUUUGAUAAAAGUGAGUUAAAUCAUCUCCUACCAGA